UAAUGCUUCUAUGUUAUAUGAACAACGAGGCAGAGCGAUCCGGGUGUGACUGGUGUCGCAUUCGAAUGAAACGGUUUGCACUCGCGUCUCCACCAAAUGUGUUCCUGAGGCAUUUCAUUUCUGUAAGAGGUGUAUCUGUCUGUAGCACGCAGAGAGUAUCUACUUCUGUAGAGUGUGAAAAUGAGCAGGCCAUCUUUAUUCUGUACCAUUGAUAGGAGAGGAUUUGAGAGUACAAGUCUGUGAAGGCCUCCCAGUAGAGAGAGAGAGGAUGUUUGUGCGGUAGUCGAAGUUUUCGACUUUUAUGAUAACUAUGAAAGUGAGAUUCUUGAUCCUCGAAGCUAGGUAGUUGAAAUCAAGAUCCACUUGUACUACAUUUGGUUAUCAUCUGUGACCUGUCUGCUGAACAUCACCAUCCACUAUUUCUCUUCUUUGCCCCGCCCCCUUCCUUGCGCCCAAUUCUAUUACCUCUUGUUUCAUCUUGCUUUUUCUACUACUUGGUUCCUUCUUGUUCU